AACGGCCCUAGUUCACACAGCAAAAAUAGAGAGAGAGAGAAAGAGAUAGAGAGAUUGGGGGCCCGUCGGCGAGACAGUGAUGGAGUCGAAGGUUGUCACCGGCAGAGAAAGGAAGACGAGCAGGAAACAGAUACUGGAGAAGAAGAAAGCAAUAGAUGAGAUUGUGAAAGCAGCUUCUUCUCCCGACAAAGAUCAUCUUGCUUCCUUCCCACCUUUUCGCCAUUACCAAAGAAAUGGCUUGUCUGUCUACUUGGAAUCGGGGUACGGUGAUAAGCUUUCCUCUCCAGUAAAGCAGUACAUUCAGAAUCUCCUUAAGGCCAAUAUGGAAGGACCAUAUGGGUCUGAGUGGCCUACAGAAGAGAAGGUGAAGCGCAGGGAAAUGGUUGCUCCAGAAGCACGUUAUAUAUUUGUGCACGAGGAUUUAAAUGCAAAUGGAAAUCAGGCAACUGGGGUAGAAACUGAAAGGGCCUCUACUGAUGUCAUCCAUGGUAGGGGAACCAUUGUUGGAUUUGUACAUUAUCGGUUUACUGUAGAGGAAGAGAUACCUGUUCUUUACGUGUAUGAGUUACAGCUUGAGCCUCAUGUUCAGAGGAAGGGACUCGGAAAAUUCUUAAUGCAACUGAUUGAGCUUAUUGCUCACAAGAACCAAAUGGGUGCUGUGGUGCUAACUGUUCAGAAAGGAAAUUUGUUCGCACUGAAUUUUUAUACGAGUAAGCUUAGCAGGUACAUGAUAUCAACUAUUUCACCAUCAAGAGUUGAUCCAUUAAUAGGACUUGAGAAGAGUUAUGAGAUUCUUUGCAAAGCAUUUGAUCAUGAAGCAAAAGCAACAUUGCAGGCAGGUACCUGGUGAUAAUCCUUGAUACAGUGUCAUUUACAACAGGAGGACAAUUGCACUUGCAGCCAUAAGGGUGUUCAGGGUUACCUCCAGGAUAAAACUGAAGGCGAUGGUUUUUUCUUUGGAAAGAAAUCUUCCGAGGCUUUCAAUGAUAAAAUAUUUUUUGCCCAAUUGAUGUGUAUAUGCCUUUAUGAUUCGUUGACAAUAUCUCGAAUUGGGUAUUAUAUGUAAAAUUUAGCGAUAUCUUAGAUUAGGAGAGUUGGAUGACGUAAUAAACAUUUGUUAAGCUUUUCAGACUAUUCGGUAAUCUAACAUGAGCUCUUCGAUA